AUGGAUCGCAGUCGCUUCGCUUCGUCUUCCAACUCCGCCUGCUCCGAUGGUAUUUGGACGUCAGGUCCUCAAUACUUGCCCCACUCCAGUAUGGCUUCGCAACACAUGUCCAUGGCUAAUGCUUUUCGAGGCAGCAGUGCCGUUCAUAUGAUCGAUGGAAUUAGUGAUUGGAGGAGUUUGUGUAGUGGUCGCGUUGGUGAGUAG